GUCUGGUCUGGAUCCAUGCUAGUCGCAAACACACUUUGUAGGUUUUUUCAUGGCGCGGCUCUUAUACAUUUCAGUGCGAUUUCAUGUUCGAAGCUAACAUUACAGUCUGAGGAUAACUGCAAAACGAUCGAAGAUCCCAAAAUCCUGAGUACAAGUGCACCAGCUUCAACAAAUUGCCUUCUAGGAAAUUUCGAGGAAUCUGUGUUAAAUGGAAGGAUUGAACCUGUUGGUGUGGUGGAAGGAUUUACCGUUGAGAUUGGAGCAGGUGGUACUUUCUGCCCCAAACACGUCACACUGCCAGUGAUCGCGUACUUCUUCCAGCUUUCUGAUGACAAUGCCCCAUCACCGUAUCUCGGAUAUGUGAAUCUUGAACCACUGGGAAGGAGAGGUUAUCAUAUACCAAGGACCGGAACAGUACAAGUGACACUAUUUAACCCCAACAAAACGGUGGUCAAGAUGUUUGUCGUGAUGUACGACCUUUCUGAUAUGCCCGCAAAUUGCCAAACAUUUUUACGUCAACGCACCAUGUACACGCCAGUAGACACAAACAGUAGCGACCCGUCUUAUCUUAGAUACCUGAUUCAUCUCAGGUUUCAGAGCAGUAAAUCGGGCAAGAUAUACCUACAUACAGAUAUAAGACUAAUUUUUGCUCGAGACAAGUUCGAAUUCGAUCCCCAAGUUGCCAACUACGAACUAAGAUCUUUCACAGAGGGUCCAGAAAACCCGAAAUUCUCGCCGAAACGAUGACGAUUGUGAAUAUUAGAAAACAAAAUUUAGUAGCUUAGUAAAUUAUUUAUGUACAUAAAGCUAAUGCCUAGCUCAAAUCACAUUUCUUACACUGAAAACAUUCUUUAUCACACUUUUUUAAUUAAGCAAAACUUUAUGUUUAUUCAGUCAUCACAGCCCACUUUGAUAUCUCUUGGUAAUUUGUUCAUUAGAAUUAAGGGCAGCACUUCGGUACUCAUGCAGGAUUUUAGCAAGCUAACAAGAAUAUAUGAGUGCAAAAAUUGACCUAACUGCAUUAUUUAAGGAGUUCAGACAUUUUUUCAUUCAGUCCUGAAUAUAUGCUAUCCUAAGGAAGUAUUUUUAAUCAACACCUGUUUUUCGGUCUGAGUCAAUUUUAGGCUUUAGGUUUUCUUCGGGCCUCUCAAAGUAUUGCACAGAAGAACUGAUAAAGCUUCAAGUCAGCAGAUUCUCUCAUUAACUUAUGUGGACCUUAAAUAUUAGGUGUACUGAGCAUUGGAUUCAUGUUCUGAUUAUGAUAAUAAACCCCUGAAACUUCAAACUUAUUAUCUGGAAAACAAGAAUAUACACCUAGAACAUUAUGGUUCUUGGCCGACAAGUUAUGAUUCCAGUUGUGUAAGGUCUCUGACUAAAAUCCUUUACACUUCACUAUGCAUUUAAAACUAAACAAGGGACGUGGAAGUCUUCCACACAAGGAAGCUGUCCUGCAGGCCUACAGAGGGCUGGCUCAUUCUUCCAUGGUGCCUGUCUGUGCCCCAGGUAAGGCUUCAGGGGCACCUUGUGUCUUCCUCCAACGUUAAAAGUGUCAGUUGAAUGCGGAAAGUUGUGAAUGACUUAAAAUUGUUCUCUUGACUUUAGCCUCAACAAAACCAAUGAGCAAAAAGUCUCACAGCCAGUUGAUUUUUUUCCAGAAGAAAAUAUUGGUUGAUAUCUGUUGUUUUAACUGUUUUCAUGCCAAACACGAUUGAUUCUGUACUGGUCCGAAAGGCAGAAUCAAUGACGAUUUCGGACCAGUACAGAUCUUGAUCAGCCUGCACAUCCAUGCAGUCUGAUCAAGACCUUCACUGUUUACCAUUCAGUUCGUAGCUUUGAUGUAAGCACACCGUUUAUCAGUUAAUUGUACUGUCUAAAAUUGAAAGAUGGACAAGUUUAUUAUUAUUAUAGAAAUUAAGCAGGAUAAGGACUAACUUCAUUGCAAGAGCUGCCAGUUUUAGUGACGUUGAUACACUUAUAUAGUUUACAGUUUCCCAGAGUUCAUGUUAUUAUAGACUAGGAAAAGUUCAUGGUGCUUUUAUUUUGCUAAUUUUCAUUCUCGUGUAAAUUGCAAGUUCAAAACAAAUCGUGAACAUUUACAGCUUCUUUUUGCAUCAAAGAUGGUUUAGCUUUACAACUGUUGCUACAUAUAAAUGACAUACAUUGUCAAAUGUUUUACAUUUAAUGACAAUUAGCCUGCAGGUGGUAUGCGGUUUUGCCUUUGCGAACAGUGCAGGCUGAUCAUGGUCUGCACCGUUAGCUAUUCAGUCAGUAGAUUUUCAGUGAACACUCCUUUGAAUAAGAAGUGGUAUUGCUGGAAUUGAUGUGAUGAACCUGUCCAUUUUUGAAAUUUAGCAGGCUAGAGUUUAGUUGACAUUUUAUCAGUAAGAAAUGUACUUUUUGGAAAUUAUAUGAUAUUAAAUGAAAUUAUAUUAGAAAGGUAAUUAACUUACGGAAAUGGCAUAGAUUUCCAUAUUUUUUUUGGUCUUCUCAGGGAAAUCUAGGAACUACAAAGAAAUCUCAAUUAUCUAAAUCUUUGAAAUAAAAGUGACAAAAAUUUUUCCCUAUCUACAGUACUUGCAUUUAGUAAAGGGUGGUUUAAGUGUCAGAUUACAAUUACUGUGAAAUCAUUUAUAUUCGUGGGGGACUAAUUUUCGUGGAUUUCAUGGUCAAGUCAAACCAAGAAAAUUUAAUCCCAACGAACAAGUAAAAUUCCCAUUCGUUUUGUGAUCAAAAGUUGAAAUCCACGAAUUCAUAUCCGCAUGAAAUUGCCGUUUUGACCAAAACCACAAAAUUUCAUGCCCCCGAAAAAAAUGAUUUUACAGUAUAUGUAAUUUUCAGAAAUGUUGUUAAUGUUUGUUAAUUAAGCUUUUUCUUUUGUUGUAAAAUUUUUACAAAAUUAAUGUACAUUAAGAAGGAAAACCUAGUUUUGUUGUUUCCAUGAUCACACAAUGACAUGUUUAAAUCAUGUUGCAUGGCUAAGCCAUGUGACACCAGUUCGUCAUAUAUAACUGGCACUGUUGAAAUUUUGAUAUUGUCAUCUUAACUUCAUUGUUAAUGCAAAUACUACAAUUUCUGAAGGAACAAACAUUACGACAAGGUAAACAAUAAAAUGUGCUAUUUUUCAAAAUUUUUAUUGAAACCACAAGUAGCAUGAGCCCGUUCUGUUGAUUGUUAUACUUGAUGACUGAACGAGGAGAAAAUGGUCUUGUGUCUAAGGUGCCGACCUCUCAAACCUGAGGUCCAGUAUUCGAGCCUGGAUCGAGUCACAACUUAAAGCACCUUCAGAUAUGACACCAGUACUAGUUCUAUCAAAUAUAAAUACUUGAGAGUGACUCAGAUAAGCUUAUAGCUUUUAUCACAAUCAAACUAAAAACUAACCCUCAUCAUUUUGGGCACGAUUGAUUCUGCUUUUGCGACCAGUGUAGAUCAUGAUCAGCCUGCCUCAUCCAUGCAGUCUGAUCAAGAUCUUCACUGUUCGCCAUUCAGUCAGUAUCUUUUCAGUAAACACCCCUUUUAACAGUUAAUGAUACUAUCCAAAAUGAAAGAUGGACAAGUUUAUUAAAUAAAUUUAGCAGGGUAAGGGCUAAUAGAUUAAUUGUGAAUGUCAUUCAGGUAGCUUAACCUUUAGCAUGCUAGAUAAAUUGUCGUCUGCUGGAAAUGUCGUCUGCUAAAAUUGUAAAGUUCAUUCAGUUUGCUCCAAAAUUGGAAGAAAUAUUGUCAGAGUAGCAAACAGCUUGGAACCUGAUCAGACGCCGAUUUAAUCGGCGUCUGAUCUGGUUCCAAGCUGUUUGCAAAGGCUGUUAAAUUCGCCUGCAGCAGGCUAAGGGUUAAUAUGCAUAACAUAGUUGUGCAAAUAGAGCUAUUCAUAAUUGGUGUAGACAUAUAUAAUCAGUGGGAUUAGGGGGUUUUUUUUUAUGGAUUAGUAAAGCCACAAAAAUCCAUGAAAAUUUUAUCCUUAAAGAAUGGUACUGACUAUAAGGGAUAGGGGCAGUCGUUCUUGUAAGUUUGAUUUAGUGACGUUGUUAGCACUGUUGUGAAUUUCGGCCGACUACGGUGUAUGUCCAGAGUUUUGUUGAGCUGUUGUGUAUAAGCCAGGAUAUAAUGACAAUUCUAGUAUCAUAUUGUUACUAUGGUUAUUUUAGCGACGUUAUUGAUUUAUUCCAUGUAAAUAUGUUACUCAUCCAUUCCAUUAUGUAGACAUUUUAUGCAAGUAUACUUGUUUAGUUAGGUAUUUAUUUAAAUCAUGUUUUAAAAAUUGUUUGAAAGAUGUGUUUUACUUUGUACUCCCGGUAUCCCGCUCCCAGUAAAUCAUUAUAUUGUCCUAUUUUUGGCAUUUCUUUUAUUAUUGGGAUGUGAUAGUGAACAUUUGAGAAUGAGUGUGACUUAGCUAGUAAUAAUACUGUAAAAGCAGAAAUUUUCGCGAUGGUUUAGUUUUCGCUAUAUUUGCGAGGCCCUACAUCUCGCGAAAAUUAAUCCUCGCAUAAAUAUUCACCAUUCAUUUAGUCUACUUCUAAUUCAAGCUGAUUACCGUUUUUAGCUCACCUGAGCAAUGCUCAGGUGAGUUUUUCUGAUCGCUCGAUGUCCGGCGUCUGUCGUCCGUCGUCUGUCGUCCGUCGUCUGUCAACAUUUAGCUUGUGUAUGCAAUAGAGGUUGUAUUUUUAGCUCACCUGAGCAAUGCUCAGGUGAGUUUUUCUGAUCGCUCGAUGUCCGGCGUCCGUCGUCUGUCGUCCGUCUGUCGUCUGUCUGUCGUCUGUCUGUCAACAUUUAGCUUGUGUAUGCGAUAGAGGCUGUAUUUUUCAAUUAAUCUUCAUGAAUAUUGGUCAGAAUGAUAACCUUGAUGAAAUCUAGGCCGAGUUCGAAAAUGGGUCAUCUCGGAUCAAAAACUAGGUCACUAGGUCAAAUCAAAGAAAAACCUUGUGUAUGCGAUAGAGGCUGAAUUUUUCAAUUCAUCUUCAUGAAUAUUGGUCAGAAUGAUAACCUUGAUGAAAUCUAGGCCGAGUUCGAAAAUGGGUCGUCUCGGGUCAAAAACUAGGUCACUAGGUCAAAUCAAAGAAAAACCUUGUGUAUGCGAUAGAGGCUGUAUUUUUCAAUUGAUCUUCAUGAAUAUUGGUCAGAAUGAUUGCCUUGAUGAAAUCUAGACCGAGUUCGAAAAUGGAUCAUCUCGGGUCAAAAACUAGGUCACUAGGUCAAAUCAAAGAAAAACCUUGUGUAUGCGAUAGAGGCUGUAUUUUUCAAUUAAUCUUCAUGAAUAUUGGUCAGAAUGAUAACCUUGAUGAAAUCUAGGCCGAGUUCGAAAAUGGGUCAUCUCGGGUCAAAAACUAGGUCACUAGGUCAAAUCAAAGAAAAACCUUGUGUAUGCGCUAGAGGCUGUAUUUUUCAAUUGAUUUUCAUGAAUAUUGGUCAGAAUGAUUGCCUUGGUGAAAUCUAGGCCGAGUUCGAAAAUGGGUCAUCUCGGGUCAAAAACUAGGUCACUAGGCCAAAUCAAAGAAAAACCUUGUGUAUGCGAUAGAGGUGGUAUAUUUCA